GCGGCGGGGGCCAUGGCGGGUGGGGAUGGCCGGGAGGACAGCGAGGCGGCGGCGGUAACGGUGAGGGUGCAGUAUUUAGAGGACGCGGACCCCUUCGCCUGCGCCAACUUCCCGGAGCCCCGCCGGGCCCCCACCUGCACCCUGGACGGGACACUGCCGCUGGGUGCCCAGAUCCCCGCUCUGCACCGGCUACUGUCGGCACCGCUCAAGCUUGAAGACUGUGCCCUGCAAGUAUCCCCAUCUGGAUAUUACCUGGACCUGGAUCUGUCCCUGGAAGAGCAGCGUGACAUGUUAGAUGACUUCUAUGAAGAGAUUGGCAAAGGGAGGAAACCCACCCUCAUUCUGCGUACCCAGCUGUCCAUCCGCGUCCAUGCCAUCCUAGAGAAGCUAUAUAGAUCCAGCGGCCCUGAGCUACGACGCUCACUCUUCUCCCUGAAGCAGAUCUUCCAGGAAGACAAGGACCUGGUACCGGAGUUUGUGCACUCAGAGGGCCUAAGCUGUCUGAUCCGAGUGGGGGCCGCUGCGGACCAUAACUACCAGAGCUAUAUUCUCCGAGCCCUGGGCCAGGUGAUGCUCUUCGUGGAUGGGAUGCUGGGUAUGGUGGAACACAGUGAAACUGUGCAGUGGCUCUACACCCUCUGUGCCAGCAUGUCUCGCCUGGUGGUGAAGACAUCCCUGAAGCUUCUUCUGGUAUUUGUGGAAUAUGCAGAAACUAAUGCCCGGCUCUUCAUCCAUGCUGUCAACACUGUUGCCAAUGCCACUGGUGCCUACCCAUGGGCCACCUUUGUGUCCAUCCUGGAAGAGAAGAACGGAGCUGACCCAGAGCUGCUGGUGUUCACCAUGACCCUGAUCAACAAGAUGCUGGCAGCUCUUCCUGACCAGGACUCAUUCUAUGAUGUCACCGAUGCAUUGGAGCAACAGGGCAUGGAGGGCAUUGUGCAGAAGCACCUGGGAAGCCCAGGCACAGACGCUGACCUCAGGGCGCAGCUUGUCCUCUAUGAGAGUGCCCUGCGACUAGAAGAUGGUGAAGAAGAGGGGGUACCAGGUGGGCGGCGGGAGCGCAGGAAGCCAGCAUCAGAGGAGGGAAAGAGGAGCCGCCGUUCCCUGGAGGGGGCAGGGUCUGGCAUCAGCUCCCCUGCUAGGGCAAGCUGCCCGAUCCUGCCCCCCUCCAAGCCUCCUGCGGAUGCUCACCCUCGCCCCAUAGGCCCAGCCCCCUGCCUCAGUUCCUCAGUGGUCUUGUUUCCCAGCCCCACUGUGGUUCCUCCUACAGAUGUGCUGGGUGAAAGAGGCGUUUAUAAAGCCCGUUUCCUGGAGAAUGUGGCAGCAGCUGAAACGGAGAAGCAGGCUGCCUUGGCCCAGGGUCGGGCAGAGGCCCUAGCUGGGGCCGUGCCAGAUGAGUUUGAUGGACACCCAGACCCCCGAGAGCUGUGGAGCACCCCAGAGCCAGACCCCACCCCCCGCACCCCUAGCACCCCAAGAAGUCCACUUCCCCGACCCCUGAUCCUAGUCCAGCGAAGCCUGGAGUCUGAGGUCGUGACCCCAGAGGCUAAUGUCACCUCAGAGCCACUCAAACCCCAGCCUUCUCUCCGAAUCGGAGACUUGGACUUCUCUGACCUAGGGGAGGACGAAGACCAGGACUUGUUGGCCACCGAGUCAUCUGGGGCCGGAGGAGAUGUCUCGGCACCACCCCCCCUCCCUGGGAAUCCCCCUCCCCCACCCCCUUUGCCCCCAGGAUGCCCCCCGCCGCCUCCUCCACCCCCUGGGCUGCCCUCCCCUCCACCAGGUCCUUCUGUCAUUGACGGUCCCAUCCUCCCUCCUAAGAGGAAGACCGUGAAGUUGUUUUGGCGGGAGUUGAAGCCUGGAAAGGGAGUCAGAGGUGUGGGUCGGUUUGGCCCAAGCCCUACCCUGUGGGACUCACUGGAGCCUGUGACUUUGGACACUGCAAAGUUGGAACACCUGUUUGAGACAAGAGCCAAAGAAGUGACGUCCAACAAGAAAGCUGCUGAAGGCCGAAGGACGAUGACGACAGUGCUGGACCCCAAACGAAGCAAUGCCAUCAACAUUGGCCUCACGGCGCUGCCCCCCGUCCAUGUCAUCAAAGCGGCCCUGCUUGGUUUUGAUGAGUUUGCUGUCAGCAAGGAUGGCAUUGAGAAGUUGCUGACAAUGAUGCCUACGGAGGAAGAAAAGCAGAAGAUCCAAGAGGCGCAGCUGGCCAACCCGGACAUCCCAUUGGGUCCAGCUGAGAGCUUCCUGUUGACCCUCGCCUCCAUUGGCGGUUUGGCUGCCCGCCUACAGUUAUGGGCCUUUAAGCUAGAUUAUGAGACCAUGGAACGGGAGAUUGCAGAGCCACUGUUUGACCUGAAGCUGGGGAUGGAACAGCUGGCCCAGAACCCUACCUUCCGCUGCAUCCUGGCAACCCUGCUGGCUGUGGGCAAUUUCCUCAAUAACUCCCAGAGCAGUGGAUUUGAGCUGAGCUAUCUGGAGAAGGUGUCUGAGGUGAAAGACACAGUGCGGAGGCAGUCCCUGCUGUAUCAUCUCUGCACCCUGGUGCUCCAGAGCCAGCCAGAGUCCUCAGACCUCUACUCAGAGAUUCCAGCCCUCACUCGGUGUGCCAAGGUGGACUUUGAGGUGCUGGCUGAGAACUUGGGGCAGCUAGAGUGGCGGAGCCAGGCAGCAGAGGAGAAUCUGAAGAGCCUGACUAAACACGACCUAACGCCUGCCCUGCGUGCCCGCCUUACCCACUUUCUAAGCCAGUGUGCCAGGCGCAUUGCCAUGCUCAAAGUGGUACACCGACGCAUGUGCAACAGGUUCCACGCCUUCCUGCUAUACUUAGGGUACCCAGCAGAAGCGGCCCGAGAGGUGCGAGUGAUGCAGUUCUGCCAGACGCUUCGAGAGUUUGCCCUGGAGUACCGGACGUGCCGGGAGCGCGUUCUCCAACAGCAGCAGAAGCGGGCCACGUACCGUGAACGCAACAAGACCAGGGGGCGCAUGAUCACUGAGACAGAGAAAUUCUCAUCGGUAGCUGAGAAAACCUCCUGCCUCCUUCCUGUGGCUGUGGGGAGUGGCCCAGGUCAGGGGGACAGGGACACAGAUGUCACCAUGCGCAGCAUGUUGAUCAGUGGGUCUGAAGCCCCAACCCACAACCGAAGGAGCCGAGGCAUGGUCCCCAACAACCCUCCUGCAGCAGCACUAGUGAGCCCAGCAACACCCCCAGAGGACAGCCCAGGCUUGGGCUCUCCCACCGACACUUCGGAUGAGAUCAUGGACAGACUGGUGCAGUCUGUGACCCGCAGCAGCCCCCGGGCCCUGGCUGCCCGGGAGCGAAAGCGAUCUCGGGGCAACAGAAAGUCCUUGAGAAGGACCCUGAAGGGCGGCCUUGGUGAAGACCUGGUGCAGGCAUUGGGACUGAGCAAAGGGCCAAGCCUGGAGGUGUGAAGGGGCAUCCCCCACCACCUCCCACUCAAGGAGCCUCCUAGGGAGGUGCGGGGGAUGGGCAGUGCGGGAGAAGAGGCGGAGAAUAGGGCCCCCUCCUCCCAGCCAUUUCAUCACUUUGUGUGCCCUCAGGGCCCAGGGGCCUGAGCAGUAUUAUUGGUGUGUGAGCCUGUGUGUUGGGUGUAUGUGUGGUCGUGUGAGAGAGAUGUUCCUAGCCUAGAGGAAUAAAGCUAUUCCUUAACCAA